AUGCGCACAACGUCGCACUUUGGCAGCUGGAAAAAUCUAUCUACUAUACUGAUAUUCUUGUUUUGUUUUGCGUGGCAUGACUACGCCCAAGCUGCUCUCAGCAAUGUAAAUUUAUUCAUUGAACCUCCAGCAGUACGACGUGGACAAUCGGUCAUUUUACGUUGUCACUAUGCGCUCGAGGGAGCUCCGCUUUAUUCAAUAAAAUACUAUCGUGGCAAUUACGAAUUCUACCGUUAUACACCGGGUGAAUUUCCGAAUGUGAAAUACUUCCAAUACCCAGGCAUUAAAGUCGAUGAACUUAUCUCCAAUGCUACACAAGUUGUCUUACGCGACGUGAGUUUCAGUUUAUCCGGCAACUUUUCUUGCGAAGUCACCGCCGAUGCACCGCUCUUCUCCACCUCCACGGCCUAUGCGCAAGUGCAAGUUGUUGAAUUUCCUGAGAAACGUCCCCAAUUAUUUACCGAACAUGCGCGCUAUGAGCCGGGUGAUAUUUUACGCGCCAACUGUAGUACACCGCCGUCGCGACCGCGCGCCGAUUUGCAUUUCACACUCAACAAUAUACCGGUAUCAACGGGCGAAACGCAAUACAUCAGAACGGUUGACAAUUUAAUAGCGUCGAGACUGAGCCUGAAACUGCAAUUGCAUGCAGCACAUUUUGCUGCUGCCAUUAAUACCCAGCACUUGAUGAAUCACCUGAGCGGCAGUCAGGCUGCUAUCGGUGUGCCCUAUAAUACACACAAUGGCGGCGACGGUGGAAUUGGAAUUGGUGUUGGUGUUGGUGUAGGUGUGGGCAAUGGUGGUUUGGUUUUGCGAUGCACAGCACAAAUUGGUGAUUUGUAUCAGGAGUACAAGGAAAUCGAAUUGGGCACACCGCAAAAGGAUCCGGUGCCAGCCAGAGUGACAUUGUCAUCCGGCUCCAGUCUGCGUAAUUUCUUCGAGACGUACUUCUCCUCAGCCACCUCCUCCGCAUCGGCGGGUGCACUAUCGGGCGACAGCAUAGCGCGUCCAUUGAAAUUGACAGUAUUGGCAGCUGCUGUAUGGCGUUCACAGGCACUCCUCCUCGACAUGGCAGCCAGCGCAGUGAGUAUUUACAACACAUUAAGGUUGAAACAAGCAGCCAUCGCCGGAAGAUAGUUCAAUCGCUUCAAAUCGAAUGAAUUAAUGCAGUAAAGAGGAAGAAGCAGAAAGCCCUAGCUGACUCUGGGAGGCUGGGCCUGAAGCGAUUGCGGAUGGCUGUCGAUGCAUCGAAUUACUACGAUACAUACAGCUUCGCCAUAAAAUACGAAAACAAGAAAAUGGAGCAUAAUUAUAGGCGCUGCAACAAAAGCUUUUAAUUGCAAAGGAAGAAGCCAAGUGAAAAACCAAAACAAAAACAAAAAAAAACAUACGAAACACGCUAUAAAGCGAUAGUUAAAAUACAUACAAUAUUUUAAGCCAGUUUACAUAAGUGAUGAUACACACGAACACCCUUGCAUACAUACACAAACAUUACUCUAUGUAUGUAUACAUACAUACAUGUUAAUUAAGUUAAUUAGGAAAAGCUUAAAGAGCGGCGUUGCAGUUGAAAAUAAUGCGGAAAAAAAACACACGAAGGCGGAGCAAUAAGUAAAUAACAUUUUUUAAAUAAGCUUUUUCGAGUAUGUAUGCAUGUAACUACAUAAAUAUGUAUGUAAUAUUUGCAUGUUUGUAAUUGAAUAUUGUUAAUCGUGUUUUACACUUACAAAGUUAAUUAAGCGUAAGUAAGAAGAAAGUAAGGCAAAACCAAUUUAAAUGGAAAUGAAAAUGAAAAUGGAAAACGAGAAACAAAAAUAAUUUAGGUGUUAAUUAUUGUGGAAGAAUUGAUAUUAAAUAAAUAUUUGUAAAUAAGUAGUUAUUAUGUUGAUGCAUAUAUGAAUAAGCUUAUGUAAACAAUUAAAUACCAAUACA